AUGGCUGUGUUUUGGAUAACAGAAGCCCUGCCGAUAGCGGUGACAUCACUAUUACCAAUCAUUCUCUUUCCUAUGACUGGACUGCUGUAUGCAAAAGAUGUAUCUAGUACAUACCUUAAUGAUACAGCGGCUUUGUUUCUUGGAGGUCUAAUUGUGGCAGCCGCCAUUGAACACUGGAACAUACACAAACGUCUUGCACUUAGAGUCCUUAUGCUUGUUGGGUCAGAGCCAAGAUGGUUAAUGUUUGGUAUGAUGUUACCCACGUGGUUCCUGUCGAUGUGGAUCAGUAACACAGCUACUACGGCCAUGAUGAUUCCCAUAGCUAACGCUGUCCUGGUCCAAAUGAAGGAAACAAGAGAAGCAGAGAAACAGGACGAGGCCACAGCUGUUGAUCAGGAUGAGGUUGACUUUGAACUGAAAGUUGUACAGAAUGGCAUUAAACAUAGUUCCAAUGGCAACCUAGCCAAUGACCAAGAAAAUCAGUUAAGAGAAAAUGCCAAGAAACGAGCUGAUGAAGAAAAAAAUGAAAAUGCAGAGUACUCACGUGUAUGUAAGGCACUGUCGUUAGGAAUUGCUUAUUCUGCUAACUGUGGGGGCGUGGCCAGUCUUACCGGAACUGGUCCGAACAUCGUCAUGAAGGGAGCUGCAGACACAGCUUUCGAAGAGAAAAAUGUUCCAUCCCCUGUUACCUUUACAACAUGGAUGCAGUACUGUUUACCAAUAUCCGCCAUACUGGUGAUCUUUGUCUGGGCAUGGCUCCAGGUUCUGUUUCUCCAUUGCAAAACUUUCAAUAGAAAAUCCCCAGAACAAUCAAAGAAAGUGAAAAAUGUUAUAAGAAGAGAAUACGAAGAUUUGGGACCAAUUACGUUCGGACAAAGAGCAGUUAUUGUUCACUUUGUUCUGCUGGCACUAUUGUGGGUCACCAGAGAUCUAGGGGGAGUAGGAGGAUGGGGAGAUUUAUUUCCAAAAAAAACAGUAACAGACUCCACACCGGCUAUUCUUGUCGCCGUCAGUCUAUUUCUAUUCCCCUCUGUUUUGCCCCACAAUUUCAAAGAGAAGGGAAAACCUUUACCUCCUCUUCUUUCAUGGAAGGCAGCGGAGAAAAAAGUUCCAUGGGGAAUAGUUUUGUUGCUUGGAGGAGGUUUUGCUAUCGCAAAAGGGAGCCAGGAAUCUGGAUUAUCGAAAUUGAUAGGAGAACAAUUAACAGUAUUUAAGGAUUUUGAACCUUGGGUGAUGAACCUUGUUUUAUGUUUAAUGGUAGCCGCCGCUACAGAAGUAACAAGUAACGUUGCUAUAUGUACCCUGAUGAUGCCAAUAAUGAAAGAACUGGCUGUCACUCUUGAAGUAAAUCCACUAUACUUCAUGUUCCCGACGGCCAUUGCUACAUCAUUUGCCUUUAUGCUUCCGGUUGCCACCCCACCUAACGCAGUUGUUUUUUCUUACGGAUUUGUCAAGGUUUUAGACAUGGUAAUAGCUGGAUUUCCAUUAAAUAUUAUUGCUGUUCUGGUAUUGGUUCUCGGAACGGAAACAUGGGGAGAAGCAAUAUUUGGAUUUCACACGCUUCCUGAUGCCUUCAAAACAAAAAAUGAUAGUACAACGUUUGUAAAUUUCACAACAGCCUUUGUAAACACUUCUACAUUACUGACAACAAUUGUUCCGCUCAAUGGAACUACGUUUUAGAUGUUUUAAAUUUUUAAAGGAAUUUGUUAUCAUAAAAUUUUAUUGUAGUUAUAUUUUAAAAGUACGUUAA